CGAACCCGACCGGGCCGAGUCCCCGGCCGCGGGCGAGAGAGGAACUCCUUCGUCUCCUAGCUCCGACUCUGAUUCUGAGUCUGAUGAGUUCGAGGAGGCAGGUCCAUGACCAGCAGAGCCAUGUGAAAGCGGCGAUGAAAGCGGCGAUGAAAGCGAUUGGGUCGAUGAGGCAGAUGCAUGCAGAGGAGCCUAUGGAUUUGUCAAGUGACAAUGAAAGCGUCAUACUGGGACCGGGUCCUGUCAUUGAUGACGAGGAGGAGGCGGCAGCAGCUACAAAUCUGGCCCAACAAAUAGAUCUUGAUCUGGAACCGCUGAAGGACCGCGUGAAUAAAUGCAACUGCCGUAUCUUCAAUCGAAGACGCUGUAUCAAACAAUUCUCUGUAGCCGAACAAGAGUCCAUAAGGUCAAUGUUCCUAAAGAACAGAAGACAGAGGCACUCAGGAGGCAGGAGGAGCAUCUUCUACAGGACAGCCUGUCAAGCCUUACAGGCAGUCGCGAUAGAGCUCUCCAUCAAGAAGCUAGGGAAGAAGACUGCGAACUCCAAGCCUGUAGUUUUUCAUUACAGAUUCGACUUUGCACAGCAAGUGCAUUAUCCAGUUGACCCCCAACAACCUGGCCCUUCGUAUUUCCGUACACAAAGAAAGUGCCACAUCUUUGGCAUGUCUUAUCCUAUGUACAUACUAUUGAUCUCUUCGGCUGUGAAUUUUGUAUGAAACAAGAUAACUCAAGAGAUUCGAAACUGUUCAUCAUUAAUUCUUGGGCACUAAUGCAUAAUAGUUUAUGAUUAGUGUAGUCACUAGUCAGAUUGCAUUUGUUAUGGGAUUCGUUAUUGUUUUUUCUUUACUUUGAUAAUGAAAGAAUAUAUUUUAUAUCUGAUACUGAUUGACUGAAAUUAAUAUUUUUGCAUUAUUAAUCUCUAUCUCAAGAAGACAACAGCUCUGUCAAAUGGUCUCAACUGUUACUUUAUUGUACAUUCCUAAAUGAACCAGGAUAUUUUUACAAUACAUGUAUUAUAGGUUAUCUGUUGUCGAGUGACUUACACGAUAUCUUUUUUUUUCUCAAAUAGUCUUGAUUAAGACUAAUGCUUUAUAUCAUAGCCUUUAUUAAAUAUGACAAAAUAUCAAUCAUUUUGAACUCGCUUUAUUUGUUCCAGUAAUUAUCAUUUGAAAAAUAGAUUCUGACGGGUUUCAAGUUCAACGCAAUUCGUUAUUUCACUUUAUUGCAAUCUUAUUUUUAAUAUAUUUUUUAAAAAUCAUUUUUAUUACAUCUGGUUUUGUAAUAGGCCUAUUAUUAAGCAUAAAUUUUAAGAAAAUGCACUAUUACAUUUUAUUAUUGCAACAUUGAUGUAACCUGCUACUAUUUUGUGUACAAGAUAGUGAUGAAACAUAAUAAACCGUGGAAUCGUUUUCCCAUCAACUUUGCCUAGUAUAACAAAAA